CCGGCACCUGGCAGCCCUGGUGCACACAGCCACCCCAAAGCAGGAGGACUCAGGGGCUGCAGCAUGGCUGUCUGGGCCCGGCUGGAGCUGGGGCUGCUGCUGGCAGUGCUGGUGGUGUCCGUGACGGCAGUCCAGCCCGCCCGUCUGCUGACCUUGCUGUCCUCAGGCCAGGGUGCUCUGGACCGUGUGGCACUGGGCAGCCUGUUAAAUACACUGGCGGCCCGUGUGCACUGCACCGACGGGCCGUGUGGAAAGUGCCUAUCUGUGGAUGAUGCCCUGGCUCUGGGCAGCCCUGAGAAGUCAGGGGCCCCCUCAGGUCCAGUCCUGGAACCCAGGCACAUCCCCCGCCUCAGUGCCGCCGCAGCCCUCUACCUCAGCAGCCCAGAGGCCACAUGUACUGAUGUCCGGGCUGGCCUCUGGGCCUCCCGCGCUGACCGUCUCCUGGCCCUGCUCGAGGGCCCUGAGGCCUUGACCCCAGGCCUGACCAGGCUGCUGCAGAGGAUUCAGGCCCCGGCUCAGGCUGCUGGCCAGUCCACUUCAGAGGCCUGUGUGGACCUGCCUCAGCUGCUGGCAGAGGCGGCAGGGGCAGGGGCGCCCGGCAGCCCCGGCCCAGUGCUGGCUGCCCUGCUGGACCAUGUCAGGAACGGGGCCUGCUUCCGGGCCCUGCCGACCCCCCAGUACUUCGUGGACUUCGUGUUCCGGCAGCAUGACAGCGAGACCCCCAACAUCACACUGGCUGAGCUGGCGGCCUUGAUGCAGCGCCUGGGGGUGGGUGGAGUGACUGAGACCCAUGAUGACCACAGUGACCACAGUCAUCUGGGAGAGGAGGCUGAGCACAAGGGCCCUGUGGCCCCUUCCACCCCCAACAGCAGCUCCAGUGUGUGGGACACAUUAUGCCUGAGUGCUGGAGAUGUGAUGGCUGUGUAUGGGCUGUCGGAGCAGGAUGGGGUGACCCCGGAGGCCUGGGCCCAACUGAGCCCUGCCCUGCUCCAGCAGCAACUGAGUGGGGCCUGCAGCCCCCAGUCAGGGCACCCCACCCAGGACCAGCUCAGCCAGGUGGAAAGGUACCUGUAUGGCUCACUGGCUACACUGCUCAUCUGCCUCUGCUCCGGUUUCGGGCUCUUGCUCCUCACCUGUGCCAGCUGCAGCACUGCCACCCACUACAUCAUCCAGACCUUCCUGAGCAUGGCUGUAGGCGCGCUCACAGGCGAUGCCCUUCUGCACUUGAUGCCUAAGGUGCUGGGGCUGCACUCGCAUGAUGGGGAGGGCCUCAGCCAGCAGCCUACCUGGCGCCUCCUGGCUGUGCUGGGUGGCCUCUAUGCCUUCUUCCUGUUCGAGAGCCUCUUCAACCUCUUGUUACCCCUGGACCCUGAGGACCCGAAGGACAGGCCCUGCAGCCAUGGCCACAGCCACGGCGGCCACAGCCACGGUGUGUCCCUGCAGCUAGCGCCCAGUGAGCUCCGGCCGCCCAAGCAGCCCCACGAGGGCUCGCGUGCAGACUUGGUGGAGGAGGAGAGCCCAGAGCUGCUGAGCCCAGAGCCCAGGAAACUGCGCCCUGAGCUGAGACUGCUGCCCUAUGUGAUCACGCUGGGCGACGCCGUGCACAACUUCGCGGAUGGUCUGGCCGUGGGCGCCGCUUUCCUGUCCUCCUGGAAGACGGGGCUGGCCACCUCGCUGGCCGUGUUCUGCCACGAGGUGCCCCACGAGCUGGGGGACUUCGCGGCCCUGCUGCACGCCGGGCUUUCGGUACGCCGGGCACUGCUGCUAAACUUGGCUUCGGGGCUCACGGCCUUCCUCGGCCUCUACGUGGCGCUCGCGGUCCGCGUCGGCGAGGACAGCGAGACCUGGAUCCUGGCGGUAGCCACCGGUCUCUUCCUCUACGUGGCGCUCUGCGACAUGCUCCCGGCCAUGCUGAACGUGCGAGACCAGCGACCCUGGCUCCUCUUCCUGCUGCACAACGUGGGCCUGCUGGGCGGCUGGACCGUCCUGCUGCUGCUCUCUCUGUAUGAGGAUAACAUCACCCUCUGAUACCUCUGCCCCGCUUUUGGCCCUUGACUCUGGCCCCUGGCCCUGGAUUAUCUCAGACUCUUAGAAGUGGCAGCCACACCCAACGUGUAGCCACGCCUGUGGCCAGCCAGGUACCCCGAUAACCCCAAGCCUUUGAGAGUCUCCCUCCCCCAGGCCACAGUGCCCAGCUUCAAUAAAGACAUUCUUGUCCUUGGA